AUGGGUCGCGUUAUCCGUAACCAGAGAAGAGGUCGUGGCUCUAUCUUCACGGCCAACACCCGCCUGAACAAGGCCCCCGCGAAGUUCCGCAACCUCGACUAUGCCGAGAGACACGGAUACCUUCGUGGUAUCGUGAAGGACAUCAUCCACGACCCCGGCCGUGGCGCUCCUCUCGCCCAGGUCGUCUUCCGCGACCCCUACAAGUUCAAGCAGCACACCGAGACCUUCAUCGCCAACGAGGGCAUGUACACCGGCCAGUUCAUCUACGCCGGCAAGAAGGCCGCUCUUACCGUCGGCAACGUCCUUCCCCUCGGCUCCAUGCCUGAGGGUACCGUCGUCUCCAACGUCGAGACCAAGAUCGGUGACCGUGGCACUCUCGGCCGCACUUCCGGCAACUACAUCACCAUUGUCGGCCACAACCCCGAUGAGGGCAAGACCCGCAUCAAGCUUCCCUCCGGCGCCAAGAAGGUCGUCCACUCCGAGGCCCGUGGCAUGAUCGGCAUUGUUGCCGGUGGUGGCCGUACCGACAAGCCCCUCCUGAAGGCUUCCCGCGCCAAGCACAAAUUCGCUGUCAAGCGUGGUGCCAACUGGCCCAGAACUCGUGGUGUUGCCAUGAACCCCGUCGACCAUCCCCACGGUGGUGGUAACCACCAGCAUAUCGGUAAGGCCUCGACCAUCUCCCGCUACGCCGUCCAGGGACAAAAGGCCGGUCUUAUUGCUGCGAGACGGACGGGUCUGCUCCGUGGUACCCAGAAGGUCAAGGAAUAA